AUGAGAUAUUCUAUACUGUUCAUACUUUUUUUAUUUUCUAUUAUUAUAUUUAUAAAUUGUAAAAGUUUGAAACGUGUAUGGUGUAGAGUUGAAGAAAGUUGUGACUUAGAUAUUUUGCAUCCAUCAACAAUACCAGAAGAUGUUUCUGAAGAUAAUAUUAUAUUAGCAAAGAAAUUUAAUAAAAAAUUUAAUGACUUUUUAAAGACUGGUGAAAUAUUAUUACCAGAUGUUCACGAAUCUCUUUUAACAUUUGACAAAUUUAUACUUAAGAAUGCAUUUACACAUUCAUCAAAGUAUGAUGUUGAAUAUAGAAAACUGGGAAAAAAAGUUUUUCAACAAUUUCUUAAACAAGGAUUUUUAAAUGAAAAGAUAAAUAUAAUUAUUGACGAGAUUUCAAAUGUUUUCAUGAAAUCAAAUUUUAAAGCAACCGACGCACAUAAUGUUAUCAUGAUGGUAGUCAAAAAUUUAUGUGAUUGUAAAGUUAUUCCAGGAAAUAAAAAACCAUUUAUUGAUAGAAAAGAAGCAUUGAAAUUUUCUAUUGUUCAAAGAUCUGUUCGUGAUCCUUUAAUUAAUAACGCUGAUUUGGGAGAAAAUGUUUUUAAAGCUGUUGGAAGUAAACAAGUUCCUGUUGAAGAGAUGGAGGAAAGAAUAAAAUAUGGUAUUUAUUAUGAUGAUGAUUAUAAUUAUUUACAACAUUUAAAAUCUCGUGAUGAAGUUGUUGGUGAUGAUGUAGAAACAGAAGUUAUACUUGCACCAAAUGCCUUGAAAAAGAAAGAUGUCAUAACACUUUCUAGUUCACUUUUUGAAACUAAAGGAUUGGAGUUUAAAAAGGAAGAAGUUGAAAAUGAAUUAAUUAUAGAAAAAUUAGAUGAUGAUGUAAUGGCAGCUUUAGAUGAAAGAUAUGAUUUUAACAAUCCUGAAAAUCAAUUAGAUGACGAUGAAUUUCAAGAAAUUCUUAAAUAUGGUCCUCUUGAUAAUAAUACUCCUAGUUUAGAAGAAAAUCUUAGUGAAAAUGAUUGUUUUUCUGUGAUAAGUGAUGAUAAAUAUGAUAGUGAUAGGUGGGAUGAUACAAAAACACGUUUUACAAAUUAUUCUAUGUCAUCUGCAGUUAUAAAAAGAGAAAAUGGACUUUCUACUUUGGAUGAAAAAUUUGAAACUUUUUAUUCUGAAUAUGACGAUGACAAAAUUGCUGAAAUACCAUCUAUGGAUUCAUCUGAUGUUGCUGGAUUUUUGGAAACUGAUGAUAGACAAUUUAAAGAAUUGAUGGAAGAUGUUGAAUUUAAAAUGCCUUCAUUGCCAAAACAAAAAAUAAGUGAAAAAGAACGUGAAAUGGCUCAUAGAACUAUAAUUGGAGAUGAUGAACUUGUUGAUUAUACAAAAAUAAAAGUUGAACCAUCAAAAUAUAAAAAACAACAAUGGGAUGUAGAAAGUAUAACAUCAACAUAUUCAAAUAUUUAUAAUCAUCCUAGGCCAAUAUCAGAAGUUACAAGAAAACGUUUACGAAAAACGACAGAGUCAACAAUUGUAGAGAAUGAUGAAAUGGAUGUAGAUGAUAAUGAAAGCAUAAUGUCAGGUGUUUCCACAUUAUCUGUAAGACCUAAAGGUGAAACACCUGAAGAACGAAAAUUAAGAAAACAAGCAGUUAAAGAACAACAACGUAUUAGGAGACAAGAAAAGAAAGCUAACAAAUUAGCUUUUAAAGAUGAAAAGAAAUUAAUUGAUUCACGUAAUUCUGUUAUUCAAUUAAAAGCUAGAAAAAUUCAUUAA